ACUUUCUACUCUUGUAUCUCAGGUGUCAAAUACCUUGACGAAUGCCCGUUGGAACCGCGGAUUCCCAUAUACCAUCUGGUGGGCGGAUGUUUUGGUGCUUUGAAGAUAGCAUUGGCGCUGUGGAGGACUAUACAGUUACGCCACCAAGAAAGCGUGGACAAUCUGUACGAGGCUGUGGGCAGCGAGCGAGGCUUGACUACACGCACGUACAGAAGCAUGAACAUACUCCUGUCCCUCUUCCUCCUCACCUGGCACAUCCUGGGCUCCGUGUGGGUCAUGGGCAUCUGGAAACCGCGGUUCAAACCCCUUCUGCACAGGCCCAACCAGUGGUGCGAGCGCUCCUUGUACUUCUUCAGCAUAGCCGUGAUCGUGGGCGUGUACGCCUUGAUGGUGCUGGUCCUCAUGGGCUUCUGCUGCCUGUCGCUCGUCUACAGGUCCAGCACCGCGCGCCGGAGAGCUAAUCGAUAGUGCGAGGACUUUACUUUCUGCUGUUGUUGCUAUUGUAUAUUAUUACUAUUAUGAUAUUCUCUUUGUUAUCAUCAUGCUGGUGUUGUCG